AACCAGUUGGAGAGUUAGACCCGGUCUCGCAGAUUUUUUUUUUCCCUUCGCCUCCUAGCUCACGAACCACAGCGCCGCCAUGUUCUCUCCGCCGGCGCAGCCCAGAUUCGACCCCCUGCGCCCCACCUCACCGACGAGCUAACCAUUCAUCGCACCUUCCUGUUAUCUACGACAACGCCGGCAAGUGCGACCCCCUGCAGCGACCCACCCGAUGCGCCCCCUGGUCCAGUUCGCCGGUGCGUCGCCCGGGAAUUAGGUGGCCGCAGCCACCACCACCACCACCCCGUUUCCUGUCUCACCAGGCUGCCUGGAGGAUCAACUGCUUUCCGUCUACCGGAGUAAGAACAGUCAGUGGCUACUCCUUUUCUUCGCCCUCCACUUUCUAAGUUCUGCAAUGCAAGUUGGUUUCUAAUCUGCCUAGUAUUCAGGCUAGAUAUGCUCAUAUCCUAUUGAAUGUUGAAUGGUGUUGGCUGUGAAAUGGAUCUGUCCAUUGUGUAUUAGUAGAACAGUAAAUCAUCAAUUUAGGUGUAUUUGGAUUUUAGACCACACGAACUUGCAUACCCAUGUUGGCGGCAAUCAUGCUUAAGUUAUGCUUUCAGAUUUCCAUGCUUCCAACAAAGAUGAGUUAGUUCAAGUAACACUCUUCUUAUGCUUCCUACUUAUGGAGAUACUUACUAUAUAUGCUUCGCCCUACAUAGUUUGCUUCCAGAGUUCAACCAUUUUCAGUGAAUAUGGAGUGUAGGCAUUAAAAUUGCAUCUCCAUGUUCGUGAGAAUCUUAGUUCAAUUCUCUAUGCUUCAAUUAAAAUGAGUCAUAUUGGCAUAGAUUGCUUCUAAAUUGCUCCCUACUCACGGGGCUUCUAAAUUGUACUUCUUCAGUGUCCAUAGAUUGCUUCCAUAUUUCCUACUUCUUUUACAAAAUUUGCCGAAGUUCAGAUAUGUAAAAUGCAGCCAAUUUAUCCUCUUAUUUUGAAGUAUCAUCCUGCUACCGGUUGAUUCUAUUUUAUUCUAACUGUAUGUGUUGAUAUCAUGAUUUCCCCCCUUCUUUCAGUGUGUGUAGGCUAACAAAAUUACCAAUUGAAAUUGAUGAAAUUGGUUUGUGCAUCACAAAUUGAUGCACACAGAUGUUGCCGCUAGGCAUUGCUAACUUCAGUUCAAAAUGCUUACACUAGCCAUUGGUAGUUUGCUAGUUUGCUUUCAUGGUUCCUGCUUCCGUAGUCUGAUCCCUAGCAGUCCCCAUGCUAGUUUGCUAGUCUGAUCACUAGUGAUUGCCAUCAGCCGAGCAACACGAAGGGUUCUGCUCUCCAUUUCCGCAACUGGAGUUACUUGCUUACAGCUUCUCGGCAAAGUUAUUGGAGCAUCGGGUUUGUUGCUUCCCCACAGAAGGUGCCAAGGCAUCAUAGAGCCAGAGGGAGGGAGACCUGGAGUUGUUUUCUGGUUUUUGGAUUGGGCAUCAGAGAGCGGCAGCUGCUGUUGGUUGGUUUCUUGAUUCUUGAUUUGCUUCUAUGGUGGAGGGAAGGGCUAAGAAGACGAGGGAGGGUAUUUGAGGGCAAGGUAAUGGAGGUCGGGGGGCAGGCAAUGAUGGAGCCCCAGGGGGUGGAACUCGAGGAUGACAGCAUCAAUUUCUGGGCCUCCCUCGGCGUGAGCACCCAUGUCCAUGGCGUAGACCAGAUGGCACUCCACAAUGUCCACAUUCUUGACCACCAAGGACAGUCGCUGCCACCAUCGAUGGUGUCACACCCAGAGUCUGUCUGUAAGGAGUUGUUCCCUGUUGAAGCCGACCCCUGCCUCGAGCCCCGAGUGGGGAUGGAAUUCGAGUCGGGCGAGGCUGCCAAGACCUUCUAUAUUGCUUAUGCUGGCCGUGUUGGGUUCUCGGUCCGCAUUGCUCGGUCCCGCAAGUCCAAGUGCAGUGAGUCCAUCAUCAUGCUAAGGUUUGUCUGCUCAAAGGAAGGGUUCAGCAAGGAGAAGCGUGUUGUUGCAGGGAAGAAGACAAGGAAGAGGCUAGCCUCCAUCAGGGAAGGCUGCAACGCCAUGCUUGAGGUGCUCCGCAGAGGUGACAACAAGUGGGUUGCCACCAAGCUUGUCAAGGAGCAUAACCAUGAGGUUGGGAUGCCCAGCACAGUGCACUAUAUAGCCACUGAGACCGAUACUAUGGUUGACCCAUACAUUGACAUGGAGUUUGAAUCCCUUGAGUCUGCCAAGACAUUCUACUACUCGUAUGCUAUCCGUGCAGGAUUUGAAGUUCGCGUGCGCCAGUCUCGAAAAUCACAAGAUGAGUCACUCAAGAUGCUGAAGCUUGUGUGCUCAAAGCACCGCUACCAUUCAGGACGGGAGAACAAUGGAGAGGAUACCAAGAGAGAUCCCUCCAGAGACGGUUGUAAUGCAUUGUUUGAGAUAAUUCGGAAGGACAAAAGUGUCUGGAGGGUCUCCAAACUCAUCCUAGAGCACACUCAUGAGCUGAACCCUGCACCAGCAAGCAGCGUUUGUUGUGUCCGCUCACAAGGUGAGAUACUUGUCAUUGCAAAGAACUUUGCUGACACACGGAAUCUUCUAUUGAAUGGCCAAGAUUCUCAGCCUCGUAGAGAGAUCCGGUAUAAUGAUUUGGGGCCAGAGGAUGCUCAAAGCCUACUUGAAUAUCUACAAAAGGUACAGGCCGAGGACCCUGCAUUUUUCUAUGCUGUGCAGCUUGACAAGCAUGAGGACACGGUCAAUAUCUUCUGGGCUGAUGCAGGCGCUAGGAUGGCUUAUUACCAUUUUGGUGACGCUGUUAGGUUUGAGACAGCAUACAGGAGGAACAAAGAGCAUAUACCCAUUGUCAUAUUUUCAGGUGUCAAUCAUCAUGUGCAGCCUGUUAUUUUUGGCUGUGCACUACUUGUUGAUGAAUCUGAAGAAUCAUUUGUAUGGUUAUUUGAAAAAUGGCUUGAAGCAAUGCAUGCGAGGCCUCCUGUUUCUUUCGUAACAGAGCUGAACCAAGAGAUGGCAGCUGCAGCUGCCAAGGUAUUACCUGACACCUGUCAUAUUUUCUGUGGAAAGCAUAUAUUAGGCACUGUCAAGGAGGAGUUGCAUAGUAUUUAUCCAGGACUAGACCAUUUCAUAAGUGAUCUGAGAAAGUGCAUUGAUGGAUGCAGAAUAGAAGAAUCAUUUGAAUCAUGUUGGGAAUCAGUUCUCAUAAAACAUGGCUUUAGAAAUAAUGAACAUUUACAGUCUCUUUAUGAUGUUCGCAAACGAUGGGCCCCUGCAUACACAAAGCAAUCAUUUCAUGCCAGAAACCUGCUUGCACAAAGCUGUGAAAAUCUUGAAAAGAUUAUAGAUACAUACUUCUCGUCCAAGACCCAAUUACAGGUGGCUGUGCAGCAACUUGAACAAGCUAUUUGUAAUUUCCACGCGAAAGAAACCCAGGCAGAUUAUCUGACAAUGUUUCAACUACCAGCACUGAGGACUGCUUCACCAGUGGAGAAACAAGCAGGUUUAGUAUUUUCUAGGGAAGUGUUUGAUAUAUUUCAGGAACAAUUUGCUGAGUCCUUUGGGUAUCAUGCAGAGAGGCUCGAGGAUAGGAUGCUACACAAGUACCGCCUGACAGUAGAUGAUGGUGACGAGGAGGCACAUAUCGUCUCUUUCAGUCCAGAUCAAAGUACAGUGUGCUGUAGUUGUUGCUUAUUCGAGAGCUGUGGAAUCUUGUGCAGGCAUGCUCUUCGAGUUUUCAUCAUCGAAGGAGUGCGUUUUCUCCCAAAGGCCUAUGUCUUGAAACGCUGGACAAAGCAUGCAAAAAGUACUGUCACCUUGGAUAACUACAUUGAACUAAGGGGAUACUGUGAGGAUCCUUCAACUUCAAGGUACAAUGAUCUUUGCUAUGAUGCAAUCAAAUGUGCAAAAGAGGGCUCAACAUCCACCGAGCGCUAUAAAAUUGCUAAGGAGGCACUGCGCAAGGCUCUUGAUGAAAUAAUGCCUAUAAGAAAUAUUAGACAGCAAAUUUCACAAAAUUGUACAUCAUUACAAAGUCCAGUCAAGAAAUUUGGGGCAGCUAAUGGUACCUCUGGCAAGAGCAUAAAGAGGCCAGCAUUAAAAAAUUCCCUCGUGGAGAGCAAUGGCAGUAGAUGACCAGAUAUUGUGAAUUUGAACAUAAUGCGAUUUCACCUUUUCUGACCUUGUAUAGUUGUAGUAUCAUUCAAUCUGGUAGUCUUACGCUGUGACUGGCUACGGUCUUUUUCCUUUCAGUGCAUCUAGUAACAGCAAGGGUGCUAAUGAAUCGUUUCAGACAUUACCGUUCAAAAAGAAUGUAGGAACACAUGCCCUUCUUGGGAAAUUUUUAUGAAUGGCACUGUAGGCUGGACAAUUUUGUUA